GAGCUGCCAGUAAAUACGUCUGUUUCGUUUUCGAUGCGCCGCCCUGUAUAAGCUGUUUGACUGGUUUCACCGUUUAAUUUCUCUUUUGUACACAUUCAUAGCUAAUUUUUCCACAGAAAAUCUAACUUGCGACGAACCUAAUCUUUUAUGAACUGAUGAGAGCGUUGCCUGAAAUGCACAGUUUCAACCUACUUUAUGCCACUAUUUUCGUUGUUCCUGAGGCUGUUUUUACUUAUAGGCGGCUGCGUAAACUUUGGCCACUCUUGCUAUGGAGGCAUGGGGAAAAGGGCCUCCUCAGCAGUUGAAGAUACACCAGGAAGCCUUGGAGAAGAGGUCCGUUAUCUCGAACAUAGCGGUGUAAGUGAUCCGGCGUACAUAUUAACAGGCUCUAGAGGAGCUACAGGCUACAAAUCAGACAGCGCGAGUAAGGAACUGACCAGGCAGCAGGUUGAGAACGUCUCCAAGGUUAUCAGGCAAUGGAUCCAGAACUACAGGAGGGCUCAGGAGCUAUCAAAUGACCUAGUCUAGACAUUGAUAUAUGGAUACAACAGAAUGAAAUAUUUAUUUUUAAGAACUGAACCUAAGUAAUAAAGAAACCAUAUCUAAUAAAUGUUAAUAUACAUAAAUAUAAUACAUGUAUCAUACAACAGCUUAUGAUUGUUCUAGAUGAUUAUUAAACGUGUUGAUUUUUAUCUGUGUUAACUAUGUUGUGACUAGCUCUAAGAAUAUAAAAAUAAAAUUUGUGGCUGGACAAUAGCACCGGUUUUAUUGGAAUCGAUGAACGACUAAUACAGGGAGAUCUAGAAGACAUCUACAUCUGGAGCAGGACAGUACCUACGAGGACGUGAAGUUUCUCUAAAAAUAGCACCUCCGAUUCGAGAUACUGGAUAUUGUAAAUGUCUAUGCCACUAAUUGGAGUGAACCAGGAAAUAAAUUAUUAUUCAAAUAAUGAA